AUGGCAUUUGGUGCCUCGGCCACCGCAGUGCGGCAGGACACGGGCGCUCGGUUCCCCUCGGGCAGGGCAGACUGGUUCCUUCUGGACAGCCGGACGGUUCGCCAUGCUGCCAUCGGCUUGUUCUGCUGCGGGGUCUCAGUCUACCUAACAGCUCUCGCCAUCUACAUGCUCCUGCUGUUCGAACUGGAGGCCGGCAUUGCCAGCGCCUGUAUCCUCUCCUCCGGCAUCAUUGUCCUGCUGAUCACGGUGACGCACGCCCUGGUACGGGCUAACCAGGUUUCGCGCCGCAGCCGCUCCGAGGUCUCUCACACCCUGUACGAGAACGACUCUGCCCAGCACGGCGAAUCCUCCGCCAGCGAUCUGAACAACAAGAACGCGGCUGCGCCCCGGCCCCGGCCCGAGAUCCACCGGGAGUUUUCCUUCCCUCCUUUCCUGGAGCGCAAAUCCCAGCUGGGCUCUCCGGCCAGCAGCAACCUCACCUCCUCGGGCAGCCCCGGGCUUCGCUCCGAGAAGGAGAGCUACAACCUGCCCCGAACGCACCGGACGCUGUCGGCAGAGCCAGGCCUGCUGCAGGCGCAGGGCAAGCCCUGGAACGGCGUCACCCAGGAGAUGAGGAACGUCCUGUCACGCAAACCUGGAGCCUCGGGCAAGGACUCGACUCUGGUGUGA